AUGCUAUUCUCAAGGAAGUCAGUACCUCUGGGCCUGCGAUGGCGUGCGUCUACUCUUUUCAUCAUCUCUACAGUGGCAGUUGGAUUAUUCACCGACCUCUUUCUGUAUGGGCUUGUGGUCCCAAUACUUCCCUUUAUGCUCAGGGAACGUGUCGCUCUCCCUGAGGACAAGAUCCAAUCGUAUGUUUCUGGGCUGUUGGCUGCGUAUGCAGGAGCUAGUGUCUUUUGUUCCAUACCAGUCGGUAUCAUCGCGGACAGGACGGGUGCUAGACAACUGCCAUUCUUGUGCGGCCUCGCCGCAUUACUCGCUGCAACUCUCAUGCUGGCUUUUGGCAAUAACAUCCUCAUGCUCGUGAUAGCAAGACUUCUCCAGGGGACCAGUGCCGCUGUCGUAUGGACAGUAGGUCUGGCCAUGGUUCUCGACACCGUCGGACCCGAGAACCUAGGCAAAGUAAUUGGAACAAUCUUCUCGUUCAUCUCAGUCGGUGAACUCAUGGCUCCAGUGCUAGGUGGCGUCCUCUACCGCAAAACGGGGUACGCCGGUGUAUUCGGCCUCGGAUGUGCUCUUUUGACGGUCGAUUUCAUUCUUAGAAUACUAGUGGUUGAGAAAAAGGUUGCAGCAGAAUAUGACGAAUCGUUCUCUGUUCCAAAGAAUCUACGCGAAUACGACACUCGAAACGCAGGUCAGGAUCAAGACCAAAGUAACGAAGAAGGAUAUGUACAAGGACACGCGAACCGGGACGAGGACGAGAAUGCCGACGACGGCACUUCAAGACCGCGCACCGAACACGAUCUCCUGUUGCCGAAACCUAGGGACGACGACGACAACAGCUCUCGGUACGCCGUCCCCGCCGGUCAAAACAGACUGAUCCGCACCCUGCCGAUCUUGUACUGUCUCACGGACGCUCGACUCCUCGUCGCGUUGCUGAUGGCGUUUGUGCAAGCGGCCCUCCUGGCGAGCUUUGACGCUACCAUCCCCACCGAGGCGCAGUCCCUUUUCGGGUUUGAUUCGUUGCAGUCGGGUCUCCUCUUCAUCGCCUUGGACGUUCCUUAUCUUGUCCUGGGCCCUUUGGCCGGUUGGUGCGUGGACCGGUACGGCACGAAACCGGCUUCGGUACUUGGGUUUGGCUACCUCGUUCCUACUCUGGUCCUGCUCCGCCUCCCGCCGGCACGACUCACGGCCAAUGGCACAGAAUCAAACGUCGUCUUCUUGUUCUGUGCCCUGCUCGCCCUCAACGGAGUCGGCCUCGCCGUCAUCGGCUCUCCCAGCAUCGUCGAGGCCAGCGACGUUGUCCAGCGCUACGACAAGGCCAACCCGGGUCUCUUUGGCGAGAAUGGACCCUACGCCCAACUCUACGCCUUCAACUCCCUGGUCUUCAGUGCCGGUCUGACUGUGGGCCCGAUACUGAGUGGUGCACUAAGGGACUCUUUGGGAUACGGAAACAUGAAUGUGGUCGUGGCGGCCAUUUCCGCCGUCACUUCCAUCUUGUCCUUUUUCUUCAUCGGUGGCGGCGCCCCGAAAUCACUGAAUCGAUCGGCGAGCAUAUCGGAAUAA